CCAUCCUUUGUCCUACGCACCCCAUGCGCACUCUAUCUCCAGCCCUCCAUCUUACUUUUUUCCUCAGACGCCAUAACACGUGUCUCUCCGCCUUCCGUCCACGUCACGUCACCGUUUGUUCACUCCUCACUUGACUUUAUCUUGUACCUUUUCUUCCUCUCUCCUCUCUCCCUUCGUUUUCGUUUCUAGGGUUUCGAUUUGCUUCUUCUGCUGCUUAUUCUGGUACUGAAUUCCGGUGAACAACGGCGAAGCCAUGGGGUCUAUCCCCGAUCCCGGAGAGUUGUCGGAGUUGAAUCCGCCCAGCUUCGAUGAGUUCCAACGGCAAACCUCGCUCAUGACGAGCUGCACACUCCUCUGGAAGGAACUCUCGGACCACUUCACAUCCUUGGAGCAGAACCUCCUGAAGAAAUCCGAGGCCAUCAGAAACAAAAUCCUUAACCUAGACCAUGAAACCAAGGCCUCCCUCAACGAGCUUGAGAAGCGCGAGGUCACAAUCCAAGGCAGCGUCGAGAUCGCCCUGGAGAAACUCGAGGCUAGCAAAGAGGCCGCGUUUUCGGUUCUCCAUAGAGCCUCCGAUGACGACGAGAACGGAGAGGUCGAUAACGACGACGGUUUCUUGCUGACUCUCAAGUCGUUUUGCUUGAAAAUGGAUGCUCUCGGAUUUUGGAGGUUCAUCACCGGGAAAAAGAAGGAACUAGACAUGUUGAGAGCUCAGAUGCCCCUGGCUUUGGCCGAGUGCAUCGAUCCGCCGAGGUUCGUCCUGGAAUCGAUAUCGGAGGUGUUUCCUGUAGACAAAAGGGUCGAGAAAAGCGAGAGAGUGAACGAUUUGGGCUGGGCCUGCGUUCUAGUGCUGGAGUCUUUGAUACCGGUGGUGGUGGAUCCGGUGAUCGGGAAGUCGAGGCUGCUGGUGACGCCGAGCGUGAAGGAACGCGCCAAGGACAUCGCUGAGGCGUGGAAGGUAAGCUUGGAGGAGCGCGGUGGUAUAGAGAAUGUGAAGACGCCGGACGUGCACACUUUCCUGCAGCAUUUGGUGACCUUUGGGAUUGUGAAGGAGGAGGACGUGGGUUUGUACAGGAAGCUUGUGGUGGGGUCUGCGUGGCGGAAGCAGAUGCCGAAGCUCGCGGUCUCGCUUGGGCUCGGCGAUAAAAUGCCCGAUAUGAUUGAAGAAUUAAUCAGCAGGGGACAGCAGCUUGAUGCAGUGCAUUUUACCUACGAAGUUGGUCUUGUGGACAAGUUCCCUCCUGUUCCUCUUUUGAAAGCCUUUUUGAAGGAUGCAAAGAAAGCUGCAGCUUCCAUCUUGGAGGAUCCCAGUAGCCCUGGCCGAGCUUCGCAACUAGCUGGACGUAAAGAGCAGUCAGCUCUCAGGGCAGUUAUCAAAUGCAUUGAAGAGUAUAAGCUGGAGGCUGAGUUCCCUCCAGAAAACCUCAAGAAACGCCUUGAACAGCUAGAGAAGGUGAAGACAGAGAAGAGAAAACCAGCUGCAGUCCCUGCGAACAAAAGAACACGGGCCAACAAUGGUGGUCCUAUGCCUCCUGCCAAGGCUGGCCGUUUGACAAAUGCUUAUGUAUCUUCCUUCCCUGCAGCUCCUACAUUUGUCAGGUCUCCCUCUCAUGGUCAGUACCCUGCUGGCGUCCCUCAAUACCAUUCCCCACCCCCCAUGUAUGGAAGCAGAAGUCCGCCAGCAAAUCCCUAUGCUUACUCUCCAGAAGCAGCCCCUCCUCCCCUUGCUGGAUCAUACCCUGUAGCUCCGAUGAACUAUCCUGCAUAUGCGGGCUAUGGGAAUGGCAUGCCACCAGCUUAUCAGCAGGCUUACUACCGAUAGACAUGACUACCCUUUGAAGAUGGUAACCACUGAUAUGAUGACCCAAAAAUCUCAUUUGCUUUCUAAAUGGUUUGUCUGUAAUCACUAACCGUUUAAUGGUAGCGAUGUAUGUGUGUUAAUGGCGACAUUUGUCCUGCUUCUUGCCGUGUCAUGGUGAGAAGUUGUAUUUCUAAUGUUGAUCAGACGGUAGAUCUAGGUGACUGUGGAAAUUAAUUAGGACGGCCUUAAACAGCAUCAAUGACUUGACAGUGAUGCCGUAUGAUUAAUUGUAGAAUCUUUGUUUAUUA